CAUGAAGAUUGAAGAAACAUUCAGUGUGAAACAUGAAGAUAGUGAGGAACAAACAGACCUAACGGCACUGAAAAGUCAUGAACUUAAUGAAAGGGAAGAAGAGAAAGAACAUUAUGAUAAACAUGAUUUCAUGAUUGGAGAAAGAGCGACACAGGCAAAAAAGACUUCCUCACGAAAAAAAGGAACUAAAAGAUAUUUCACCUGCCAACAGUGUGGAAAGAGUUUUGAUCAACAUGGAAACCUUCAAGUCCAUAUGAGAAUUCAUACGGGAGAAAGGCCUUACACCUGCCAACAAUGUGGAAAGAGUUUCACAAAUAAAGGAAACCUUAAAGUCCACAUGAGAAUUCACACUGGACAGAGCCUUUUCACCUGUCAGCAGUGUGGACAGAAUUUCAGUCAAAAAGGAAACCUUAUAUCCCACAUGAGAACUCACACUGGAGAAAAGCCUUACACCUGCACUCUGUGCGGGAACGGCUACAAACGAGAACGAAGCCUUAGGGAACACAUGAAUAUUCAUACUGGAGAGAGGCCAUUUACAUGUGAUCAAUGUGGAAAGAGUUUCAGAUUUAAAGGUAACCUUAGGGUCCACAUGAGGAUUCACUCGAAAGAGAACUCCUUUAGAAGUCGUCACUGUGGAAAGAACAGAGGUGUAAAGAGUACCUGAAAACCAUACUUGAGUAAAAGUACAGAUACCUUACAGUGAAAAUUACUCCAUUACAAGUUAAAAGUAAAACUGCCAAGCAGCAGUGGCCAAAAGUGAUGUUUGGCUUAGGAAAAUUGACAUAUUCUGCCUUUAUUCAAAUAUUAUUAAAAAUGUCUUAAAGAUUUUGUAAGCAUAUUGCGUAAUUGUGAUAACUAGUAAAGCAAAUUGUGUAACAUCAUUUUUUGGGCAGGAUUAUCAACUCCCUGUCAUCAUUUAACUCCAAUACAGUAUAUUUUUAUUGAAAAGUGUGUCUCAUCUUUGCUGCUAUCUUGUUACUCCUAACUACAACACGAAUUCCAGAAAACUUCCAGACAUUUUUUUCAAUUUGAGUAAAGUGAAAAAUAAAAGACUUUCAAAUCA